CUGCUAGAAACCAGACCCUAGAGAAGAGGGCAGUGUGAAACAAAGCACGUUUUUCGGAGGUUCGCCUGACGUUUGUUAUUUUUUUAUUAGCCCAGGUUGAAAAAGAUUCCCUUUUCGCAUGAAGAGGCGGCGUCAUAGCCGCCGACUGCAGUCUCGUAUUGUUGCGAGCUAUUGAUGGGGGUAGGAGAGUUCUCUCGUCAAAUGUUAAACGUCAGCGAACGUUAACCUUGCUAUUUUUUUUAAAUACGUUAAAAAUGGCGACGUUGAACCUUUAUACCAAAUGCGUGGCGGACACGCGUUUGAGUGCGGAAAGGAAGUCGCUAUGAGCUAAUGCUAGCCAGCUAGCUGGAGUUAGCUCGGUGUUGUGCGCGUACUCGCUUGCCGCGCUGCUAACUUCCACGUCUCGUGCACGCUGCCAGCUGGUCUCGGGCCACGUCCGACUUGGGCCCGGCGUUCAUUGGGCGGACCGCGGGGCACAUGCCCAGUAUGCGGAAGGAAGUCGACAACUGGGUGUGAAGACCGAGAGAGAGAUGCGAGACGACUUCGCGACAAUUGAUCAUCACAUUUAUGACGUUUUGAUGCGCGGUUGCCGCAUACACACGACAUGCACACGCAUGCGUCUGACGCCGUGGAAAUCCUCUCACUGAGCCACAAGGUGACCAAGCCGUAGUGACACUUUUCCAACGAGUCCUGUUUCGGAAAUGAUCGGCUUCGGCGCGAACCGACGCGGAGGCCGCCUCCCGUCCUUCGUCCUCGUAUUCCUCAUGGCGAUCGUCGCCAUCCUGGCGUUCAACUACUGGACCGUGUCCAGCAAGCACGGCCGCUCGCUGGACGAGCUGCUGGAAGUGCAGUCGCGGGUGAAGCGCACGGACGCGGCGAGGAGCCGGCUGGAGAAGCGCAACUCGGAGCUGAUGGUGCAGGUGGACGCGCACAGGAAGCAGCUGGAGCAGAAGGAUGGAGAGUACGUCGCCUUGAAGGGCAGGCUGCAGGCCCGAGACGCGGUCUUCAAAAAGUGCACUGACGAAAAGACUAAGGUGCAGGAUGACGUCACAGCCCAAAUGACAGAAAUCCAAAGGCUUAAAGAGCAGCUGACUGACUUGAAGCAGGAGUUUAUGAAACAAGAAGAGCAGCUAAAAGAGGUGAAAAGGAAUAGAACCACCUUGGAGAGAAAGCUGGAAUAUGAAAGCUUACAGUGUGGACGUCAGAUUGCACAGUUGAAAACCGAGUAUGACGAAUCAAAGAAGACUCUGGAAGAAGAAGUUGUCAAGCUAAGAUGGAAUGCAAUUGAUAGCCAAAAGGGCAUAGUGGCUGGAAGACAUACUGAUGGAGUCCUGGGUGGGCAGUUAGCUGAAGAGCGCCGCACAGUGGCCACUCACAGCCGUGACAGUCUAGAUUUAAAAGACAUAAUGGGAAAGCCUGGCAGUGAUGCCGGCAUGCCCGGUAUUGAAGACAGUGAGGUGGGAAAACUUGAUGAAGUGCAAUUUGAAUUGAAGAAGCCAGCUAUCACUCAGCAGCGCGAUGAAGCCCCGGAUGUGCUUGUGGGUGCUGGUGCUGGACCUGGUAUGGGGGCAGCUGAUGGUCCCGGGGGACAGGGCUUAUCUCUUGACCAGCCCCAACUGCAGCACGACAGAGUAGAAGUCCAGGCAGCUGUGAUUGCCCCUCCAGGUGUCAUCAAAAUGGCUGACAAAACAAUAGUAUUUGAAGAAGACAACAAAGCAGAUAUCAAAGCAGAUGAAUUGGGUGAACAGCAAAGACAAAUUCGAGCCCCAGAUGUCAAAGGUGAGGUGGAGCGUCUGAAAAGUAUUCCAUUGCCAGGCAAUCCUGCCCAGUUACCUAACCCCAUCCAGCCGCACCGUGCCAAAGACCAAGUCCCAGCAGGGGCACGUCAUCACCAAAGCCGGUUCUUUGAUGAGAUCGAGUCCCCCGUAGAUCCGCAACAUGGCUCUAAGCUAGCGGACUACAAUGGGGACGAUGGCAAUGUGGGUGAGUAUGAAGCCGACAAGCAGGCCGAGCUGGCCUACAAUGAGGAAGAGGAUGGUGAUGGUGGGGAGGAAGACGUUCAAGAUGAUGAAGAUCGAGACAUGCAGGGAGAUCGGGCUGUGGAUUACGGAAAGCGACAUCAAGCCAUCGACGUUCUCUAAAUGGGAAUUUUGUACAGCUCAAUCUCAUUCAAACGCCUUCCACGGACUUCAGUGUGAAUCGAAGUUUACUGCUUGCAUCCUUAAUAUCAUGGACCAUUAUGGAUGUAAUUGAAUAUUGAUACAUAAUUAUACAAGAAAAGAACUCAUAACAUACUAGACUGAUGUUUGAUUCGGUAUUGAAGUUAGGCUAGGACAAUAUGAGUUCUGUGCAUUGACUAUUCUGCUUUGCGAGUGAGUGCCUCUUCAUAGCUGAGUAGUCUAAAAGAGUCUACAGUAGUUGACAUGGUUUUUUUUUCUUCAUUUGGAAAUGAAACAACUCUUUUGUUUAUUAAGGAGGCACUUUGACUUUUUUUUUUUACCACAUUUUUUGGGGACAUAAUAGUGUUGUGUUUACAGGGGUUGGAAAAGCAUUUGGAAUGCCAAGGACUUUGCUUAUAGCCAAUUAAAUGAUUUUUUUUGUGAACACUAGAAGGUGCCCCUUAUGUCUUUUCUAAAUGAUACUGAUCAUGCACGUGACUCCUGCUAAUUAAACAAAUCAUUACUGAUCAAUA